GCAUCAAAGCAUCAAAGCAAAGCGCAUUUUCAGAGAGAUCCCAAAAACGAAAAGAGACGAAACCAAACGAAACCUACCCUUGCUGUUGUUGUUGUUGUUGUUGGUGUUGUUGGGAAUGGGGGAUUUGGAGAAGCGAGAGAGGGCGGAGGAGGAGGAGGAAGAGAAGGAGAGGUUUCUGGAGGGAAUGGCGGUGCUGGAUUUCGACAUGCUGUGCUCGACGGUAGCUUUGCAGGCACAGCAAGGGAAAUGGAGGAGCUUCGAGAACGUUGGAGAAGAAGAACAAGAAGAGGGAGGGGAGUUCGGUGGGGUUCUGAGGAUGUGGGAGGGUGAGGUCCAGGAUUGCUUCGAAGACCGUCGCAUCGCUAUCGAAUCGGCUUGUUGUCCGUGCUACAGAUUUGGGAAGAACAUGAGACGAGCUGGUUUUGGUUAUUGUUUUAUUCAGGGAACCGUUUAUUUCAUUCUUGCUGCUAGUGCACUUCUCAACUGGGUUGCCUUUAUUGUCACCAAGAGGCACUUCUUUUUAUAUCUGGCAGUUGCUUUUACUAUUUCAUUAGGAACAUAUUUGGGCUUUUUCCGUACCCAGAUAAAGAAGAAAUUUAACAUCAGGGGUAGAGAUAGUUCCUUGGAUGAUUGCAUCUACCAUCUUGUCUGCCCAUGCUGCACAUUAUGCCAGGAGUCCAGAACAUUGGAAAUGAACAAUGUCCAAGAUGGAACUUGGCAUGGUCGAGGUGACACAAUAUGCAUUGGUGGCUUUGGCGAAGGAAGCAAAGCAUUCUUUGAGCUUCAGCAACCUCCUAUUGUAUCAAUUAAGUCCCCUGAGCCCUGCAGCAUGCCAAAAAGUACAGAUGGUAGUGAUCCGGCUGCAACUUAACAUGGUGGGCAUUCAGAAUCAUUGGUCCUCCAUAGCAAUAGUGGCCACACGUAAGAAUUAAUGUAGACUUCCUGUGUAAUUUCUUUCCUGAAUGGGGGAUGUUUUGCAGCCUGCAUGGCAUGAGCCAGUAUAUUUUCAGGAUUUGGCAGUAGUUGGCACUGGAAAGUAAAGGUUCAUUGCUCCACCUAGAGAGGCUGCUUUGUGGGUCUGCAAUAUUGACCUACUUCCAAAAAUGUGUUGUAGAAAACUGUAUUUAUAUUGGUGGGGGUUUUAGGGUGUGACCCCCUGUUCUCUACAUAUUUUUAGCUUGUAAUUCAGUGGUAGAAAAUGCCAUCUUUAUUGUUAAACUGUUUAGAAAUGGUUUAUAUGAUCAUCCACCUUGCUGGGUUGAUUGCCUGCUCGGCUAAUUUGGUCAGAGACCAAUUGAGAUGUAGUGCAUAUA